ACAUGAUUCACAGCCUCUUUGUGAUCAAUUCCUCCGGAGAUGUAUUCAUGGAGAAACAUUGGAAGGCGGUGAUUCCUCGCUCGGUUUGCGAUUACUUUUUUGAGGCCCAGAACAAGGCCUCAUCCAUGGACGACGUGCCUCCGGUGAUCGAAACACCUCAUCAUUACCUUAUCUCCAUUUAUAGGUGUAACAUCUUCUUUGUGGCUGUUUGCAAGUCAGAAGUGCCGCCUUUGUUCGUGAUCGAGUUCCUGCAUCGAGUCGUUGAUACGUUCAGGGAUUACUUUAACGAUUGUUCGGAAACCAUCAUUAAGGAGAAUUACGUGGUAGUGUAUGAAUUGCUAGAUGAAAUGUUGGAUAAUGGCUUCCCGUUGGCCACCGAAUCCAAUAUUUUGAAGGAGCUUAUUAAGCCACCCAAUAUUCUUCGGACUGUGGUGAAUUCUGUCACGGGUAAAUCCAAUGUUUCUGAAACGUUGCCCACUGGACAAUUGUCGAAUGUUCCGUGGCGAAGAUCGGGUGUGAAGUAUACAAAUAAUGAAGCCUACUUUGACGUCAUCGAAGAGGUUGAUGCCAUUAUUGAUACCUCAGGUGGUAUGGUGUCGGCAGAAAUUCAUGGAUAUAUCGAUUGUGUUGUCAAGCUAACCGGCAUGCCAGAUCUGACGAUGUCUUUCAUGAAUCCAAGGAUGUUCGACGAUACAAGUUUUCAUCCUUGUGUACGAUUUAAACGGUGGGAGGCAGAAAAGAUCUUGUCCUUUAUUCCCCCAGAUGGAAGCUUUCGUCUCAUGUCAUAUUUGAUUGGUUCUCAAAACGCCGUGGCUAUACCCGUCUAUGCCCGUCACAACCUGUAUUUUAGCCCAGCUGGACACGGAAAGCUUGACCUGACCUUGGGUCCCAAGCAAACCAUGGGACGACAGCUGGAGAAUGUGAAAGUCGAGAUUCCCAUGCCGAAAGUCGUUCUGAAUUGCACUUUGACAUCAUCCCAAGGCAAAUAUGCUUUUGAUCCAGUCAGUAAGGUUCUCAAUUGGGAUGUGGGCAAAAUCGAUCCACAGAAGCUGCCAAACAUUCGUGGCACCAUCAAUAUCCAGAAUGGAGCCACAGCCCCCGAGAGCAACCCAACCUUAAAUGUGUCUUUUACUAUUACCCAAAUGGCUGUGUCAGGUUUGAAGGUUAGUCGACUGGAUCUGUAUGGCGAAAAAUACAAGCCGUUCAAAGGUGUCAAGUACAUCACCAAAGCUGGAAGAUUUCAAAUUCGAAUGUAACGUGAUUAUUGGGCUAUUGUGAUUUUUGGCUUAUUGCAUUUAAAUACGAAUAAAUAUAUAUCGUUCAAAUUUA